GUUUCCAUGAGGCAUAGGGUUACCAUUUACCAUUAGUAUUUUAAACAUGGACUUUACAAAAUGUCUCAUGACAGGAGGCCUUUAAGUCUUGUAUCUAAACUUCUUUUAUACAUUGUCCUGUAGGUAUAUCGACUUAUAUGCAAAUUCUGUUUAUAAACAGGCUGUCUUUGAUGUAACGUAAGUGGCAUAGUUAGCUGGUGAGGCAGCUAGCAUCGUCGAUCACAAAAUGUUGUUGGAUGUUGUACAAGGAGCAGAUGCAGGAAAUUUCAUCAUAUUUCUAGACACUGCCAAUUUUUCGGGUCGCUGUCUCCUUAAGGGUUAUAUAAAUACUGCACUGAAACGGGAAGACGUGGUUCAUGUGCUGGAGUUCGAGGUGAGCGAGGAGGAACUGCGUGAUGGCUUGGAUACUCAAUGUGUUCGAAGGAUGCAUUUCCAUGGUGGAUUUGCAGACCCUUUGGGCUGGUUGAAGCGCUCAUCAUUCAAUGUUCAUCAAUUCAUCUCUCAGGAUUUAUCAACCCUGCUUACUCAAACACAGCAAUCCAAAUCUGCCGUCUUGGUCAUUGACUCCCUCUCAUGGCUUCUGAGACACCUUGAUCCUGUAGUGGUCUGCAAACGAUUGCAAGAGCUAAAGAGAGGGGGUGCUGUUAAAACCAUCAUAGGGCUACUGCACUCUGACCUGCACCAAACUAGUGUGGUGGGAAGUGUGUCCCACUUGGCCUCGACAGUCAUCUCACUGGCACCCUGGACAAAGGGGCCGUGGGCUUUAGCCAAGAUAACAAAACGCACGAAAUCAGGAAAAGUUCUUCAAGAGGAAGAGCUCUUUAGUGUCCAGGAAGAUCUGACCAUCACUGUGCACAGCAAAGUCAGCCAUGCCAUGCCGACACAGGCAGAGCCUGACUCUGAGGUCGAUCCGACAGCCAACCUUACCUUUAACCUUCACCUGUCAGAAAUGGAGAGAGAGGCUAAAGAGAAAGUGGCCUUACCCUUUGUCUUUAGUCAAGAAAAGAAGUCCGCUCUACUCAAUCCAGGACAAGGAGCAGGUCGAAUUCUGUAUGAGCCAGAUGAAAAUGAUGAUUUUGAUCAAGAAGAUCCUGACGAGGACCUUGAUGUCUGAGGAUGCCACACAGGCAAAAACAACCUUCUUAUAUUUAAAAUGCGUACAUGACCUAAACCGGGCAUGUAUCAGUAAUGGGCUUUUGUUGAUGUUUGUACCAUGAGCAGUUGUUACUGAAAAUCCCAAAGGUUUCCCCUCCGGGCUGAUGUGGUUAGAGCUAACAGGAUGAUUUUUUUUAUUAUUAUUAUUAUUAUUAUUAUUCUAACUGUAGAUCUCCACAGGAUGGUGCUGUGCUUCAUAGUCAAGGCAUUUACCACAUUUCAUUCCUUUACCACAAGUGAUGUUUAGGAAUUUCCCAGAUGGCUAAAAUGUUUGUUAGAAUGGCAAAGGGUCUGCUGAUUAUUAAGUAAAUCUGCUUUGUAACCUG